AUGAACGCGUCGAAGCCCUUUGCGCUGGCGCCCCGCAGCCGCGCCCUCGACCGCCCAGAACUCGACGUCCAGCGGCAGCCACACACGCCGCCGCCAAACACGCCGCCAGCCUCUCCCCUUGACGCCAACAGUCGUGCGAGCUCGCAGACGCCCCCAGCGACACCCUCGUCCUUAUCUACGUACCCCUCUCCGCCGAAAGCGGCCCCGGCUUUCGAUCACACCACACAGAGCGUGCUUGGCCGGCUGCAGCGCCUGCGGCAGGGCGAGCCGGACAGCGCGGGCUUCUCUGGCCCGCUGUCUGCGUCGCAAUACAAGGCCUUGAACAAUGCCAUUGCUGCCGACAGGGCGCUCGAGAGCUGGGUCGAAAACAAGCUCCGGCGUGAGUGGGUGCAGAGCGGCAACGGCGGCGGCGUCUUCACGGUCCGGAUGCCCUCCCGCAUUCAUGACGCCUUCGCGGACCUCCUGCGGAGCGCUAUCGAUGACGAGAUUCGUCGCAUAGGCGCUGCUGCGAAGACAGAGCAAUUCGAAGAGGGCCGAGCUCGUACAAGACAUCAGGCCGUGGUCAACGACUCGCACUAA